GUUUACGUCGUUGCUACAUUCCAUAAGCAAAAUGGCGGACGAAGCACUUGCAAGGGCUGGACUUCAUUUUGAUGAACUGAAUAAGAUUAGAGUUUUAGAGCCUGAAGUCGCACAACAAACUGUUGAAUUGAAGGAAGAGUGCAAAGACUUUGUCGACAAAAUUGCGGAUUUCCAGAAGAUAGUAAGCGGCUUCAUUGAAGUUGUGGAUGGUGUUGCCACCGAAGUGGAGAAGGAAAAGAUGAAGGCAAUUGGUGCCCGGAAUCUCCUCAAGUCAAUCGCUAAGCAACGAGAAGCUCAGCAGCUGCAGCUGGUUGCACUCAUCACAGAGAGGAAGAUGCAGCUGGAGAGAUUACGGAUCCAGUAUGACGCCUUGCAGAAAGCCGAGGGAGAACAGACUGAGUUCAUUGAGCAGCUGAUUCUCCAGAAGUGACCUUAAUGUUCCCCAGUUCUUGUCCGUCCAAACAUAUCUGUCCUUGUACAUAAGAGAUGCAUCAUUUAUUUAUUAAAGAAAUUACUUCAUCA